GGAGUCCCGAGCGCCCGACGCCCCGCCCGCCCCGCCGGAGGAGGGGAGCCGACGCCCACCUGGCUGCGGAGUAGCACAUGCAUUUGCCGCUCAGCUUCGUCCCCGCGGUGCUCCCCGUACGGUGCACGGUGCGAGGCCGGUUACCUCUGACCGCGUGAAGGAUGACGACGAGAUCACGGACCAGGAGUUUCAGGGGGGAAUCAAUGGAUUCAGGAAGUGAUAAGAAUUUGGAGAAUACAGUGAAUAGGAUCUAUCCUGAUCAACUUGUUCCAAAGAUAAAUACAAGCAAGAAAAUGUCUACCUUAGCAAAUCAACCAAACAUCCUAGAAAUGUCACAAGAGGUUAAGAAAAGUUGUGGAGAUAAACAGGUAGAAAUCACAAGUGAAAGAAUAAAAAUGGCAAAGAGCAUCAAAGAAAAACAAAGCAAUGAUUCAGAGAAAGUGGCCUUUAAAAGGAAGGCAGAAAAUGAAGAAAAGCCAGCUGGAAAGAAAGAAGCAAAGAUAACUGAACUUGACAGCAUGUUGAUCAGUAUGCCUUUGCCUCACAUCCCCUUAAAAAACAUCAUGGAUGUAGAGGCGAAGUUGGUCUACGUUGAUGAAGAGGAUGUGAGGUAUGAGUUUGUAGAGUCCUUCAUGUCCACUGGCAUUCGACCUACAUCAAACCAACGUGCUGCUGAAAUAGUAGACCCUUUGCAUGUACCUAAUUUCAACUUCCCACCUCAGAUUGACAAAUGGCUUCAGGUAGCCUUAAAGGAUGCCAGCUCUUGCUACAGACAAAAGAAAUACGCUGUGGCAGCAGGACAGUUCAGAACAGCAUUGGAGCUUUGCAGCAAAGGGGCAGCUCUGGGAAAACCAUUCGAAGCAUCUGCUGAAGAUAUAGCAAGUGUGGCAAGUUUCAUUGAGACAAAGCUUGUUACAUGCUAUCUACGCAUGAGGAAACCCGACCUUGCCCUGAAUCAUGCACACAGGAGCAUUGUUUUAAACCCAGCUUAUUUCCGAAAUCAUCUUCGCCAGGCAACAGUGUUUAGAUGUCUGGAGAGAUAUUCAGAAGCUGCCCGGAGUGCCAUGAUUGCUGACUACAUGUUCUGGCUCUGUGGAGGAAGUGAGCAGUGUAUAAGCAAGCUCAUCAAACUGUAUUGGCAGGCCAUGAUUGAAGAAGCCAUCACCAGAGCGGAAUCUUUCUCAGUUAUGUAUACACCAUUUGCAACAAAAAUCAGAGCUGAUAAAAUAGAAAAAGUAAGAGAGGUUUUCACAAAAACUCAUCCUGCGUAUGUGGAAUAUAUCUACACAGAUCUUCAAGGACUCCACAUAUUGCCUCAGACAGUUGACUGGUCAUCUUUUCCUCCUCAACAAUAUCUCUUGACUCUUGGGUUCAAAAACAAAGAAGAUGGGAAAUUUUUGGAAAAACUAUCAAGUAGGAAGAUCCCUACAUUUACAGAACAUAAAACUCCCUUCAGUCUGCUGACCAAAGAAGACACAGUGAGACACAUGGAGACAAUGGGGAAGCGAAUCUUGCCAAUAUUGGAUUUUAUUAGAAGCACCCAAUUGAAUGGGAGUUUCCACGGGUGCUCAGGUGUGAUGGAGAAGUUGCAAUAUGCCAGCCUCCUCAGCCAGCUGCAGAGAGUAAAGGAGCAGUCCCAGGUGAUCAAUCAAGCAAUGGCAGAGCUAGCAACCAUUCCGUAUCUACAGGACGUCAGUCAACAGGAGGCAGAAUUGCUGCAGUCACUAAUGGCAGAUGCCAUGGACACCCUUGAAGGAAGAAGAAACGAUAAAGAACGUGUGUGGAAUACAAUCCAAAAGCAGGACGGACUGCUCAGGAACCUGGCCAUCCAAUUCUGGCUCCAGAAUAAAGCUGAAGCACGUCCGAUCCACAGGCUCCAGGGAGUGUCCAGGGACUGUCCAUCCAGUGGCCGGCAGGACAGGGGCUGAUCGAUGGGAAAGUCUCCCUCCGCUUAAAUGCUACUGAAGCAUCUACCGAGAGUAUCCAACGAUACGCCAGGACCUAGAAUAGACACUAAGACCGACAUGUGAAAUAACAUAAAAAGCAUCAGCUUUCUCACUCUGUGACCCAGGUCUCGGGCUCCUCAUCUGUGACACAGCGAUAAUGGUCCUCAAAAGGGUACUGAGGGCCUUAAGUCGGUCAUGGGUCUUAACUACAAAGACGGGGGGUGAUGUAGUGAAGACUGUAAAUCCGGCACCCUCCUCUGAGAGCUAGAGGAGUGGGAAACAGUCCCUGCCCCGAAGGAGUUUCUAGAAGGAGGGCCUCGGCCGGCCCCACGUGGGGCUGAAUGCAGGACGGGAAGGGGCGGCAAUGGGACUCAGAAGAUGUGAGAAAUUGAACUGAUAUAAAAUGGUCCCAGAACAAAAAAGUAAGAAUUCCCUCCUUAAAAAUAAAAUUGCUUUCAAUUUGA